GUGAGCUUUCAGAAUUCGGACACACGCAAGAUCUGAAUUCCAACUACGUCCUUUGCCUUCUUCACAUUCCAAUGAUAGCAGAGGGCAGCCACAUGCCACUCUAGCUCGUUCCCAAUUUGCGCAUUGCGUUCGAGGAGUGGAUAGAGAUCGAACGUAUUAGUCUAACAUAGAGUUCAGCUUUGCUCAUUGACCCAAGAGGAACGAUGAUUUCGUUCAGAAAUGCAGUCCUGUGUGCACUGCUGUGUGUGACAAUGGUCGCUCAGCUGAACUCAGUGAAUGCGAGCUCCUGCGAAUCAUGCACUGGAGACUCCUGCAAAAAAUGCACUGGACAUAUUUGGGAAGAGUCGUUCACGGUCAAAAACUUCCUGCCGGCCGGUGAUUCCAACCUCUACAUGGAAUGCUCAUGCCUCAGUCGAUGCGGGAAGCUCACUGUCCAAGAUCCCGUUGAUAUCAAAGAAUGCAAUAGUGUUAUAAUCUCGACUCGUUUUUGUGGACCUACACCCCAAUGGGGGGAUCUUUCUGAGAUAGAUGCUUAUCGUUCCGAGCAGGUGAUGUGUGAAUUCGUUUGGACACGUCCCAAUUCUGAGACCAUCUACCGAACGCCUGUCAUGGUCUGGACUAGUGGAGGGCCCGAGAGAACUUUCUACAAGGUCAACAAUGACGGCUUCUGGUUUUCCGAUGGCGCAGAUGCCCAGUGGAACGCAAUGAGCGGUUGGACGAUGUGGAACUACAUUUCAUCGGAAAGUCAGCUCAAGGGUGCCGGAAACAGCGUAUUUGAGACCUUCGGGAACGAACACUGCCGCACAAAGAAUUACGCGUAAUAGGAAAUACCACCGAAGCUGUUGCUAUCUGCAAAAAAUUGCAUGUUCUACGAUAUUAGCACUGAGGCAAGUUAGCAGUAGGAUGAUUAUCAGGUCCCACAUGUUCUCUUUCGACGCUUCUUGUCGGACGAUGAUAACGUCCAAGAUCAAACUCUUCAGUCUGCACUGAUCUGUGAUCUGGUUAACCUUGUUCUUGAAAAGGAUUAAAUGUCAGGGCUGCGUCAGCUGUAUACAUUUCAUGUCUCUGAAAUGAAGAAACAUCAUAUGUAUUUUUCAGAACACGU